AUCGCGUCUAAAAUAACUGUCUUGUCUGGUAACAUUGGGAUUAAUUGAUUUGAAAGAAUGGCCUCCUCAGCUACAAACGACAGCAUUGAGCGUCUCGAUUCCAAGCCGCGCGCGACGUACUCCGAUGUCGAGAAGCAGCUUACGAUCGAAAACAAUGAGCCGAGCAAGCCUGAACCGAAGAGUUUGGGAUCUGGAGUAGAGCAGUACUUCUUCACUCAGGCUGCUUCCUUACUGACGACGACUACAGACCGCGCUCGCAAUCGGCGUCUUUGCGACGACACUAACCACCCUGUCACUGAGCCUGAUGGAGUGGCGCGGAGUGACAACCAACAACGUCUUUGUUGCUAAUUUCUUCUUUGCGGCGGCGUUCGGUUUGCUCAUCACUGCUCAGUGGGAGCUCUCUGUCGGAAACGGGUUUGCAUACACAGUUUUCAGUGCUUUUGGUCUCUUCUACGCGGGCUAUGGAGCGAUUCUGACUCCAGCGUUUGGGGUUAUUGAGGCGUAUGGUGAUAACACCACCGAGCUGAACAAUGCUCUGGGUUUCUUCAUGAUCUUAUGGACGGUAUUCGCAGUCGUCUUCCUCGUUGCGUCACUGCCAACCAACCUGGUCUACAUUGCGAUCUUCUUCACAGUUGUCUUCGGCUUCCUUCUCGUAGCCUCGAGUUACUUUGCCCUUGCAGACGGGAACAUAGCUGCGUCCAUCGCACUCAAGAAAGGUGGAGGCGGCUUCUGCUUCGUCUCGGGACUGAUUGGCUGGUACUUGACCUUCCACCUGCUCUUGAAGGACUCGAUUGUUGAGCUGCCAUUGGGUGACACAUCCCGGUACUUUGCCAAAACUAAGAGGGUGUAGAUGGGAUCUGUGGGAUUGCGGCAGACUGGAGUACCGAGUGUAGAUCUUGAUCUGUUUGGGGUUCACGGAAUGGUCCGAGAGCCAUGAGACGCGUGGUUUGUCCAGGGGAUGUUGCAGUGCGGG